AUGCUGAGCAGCGGCGGCACGGAGGCCGCGCGCGCGGGCCGCGGCUUCACGGCCAAGGUCUCGGAUUUCGGCCUAUCUCGCUGCGUGGAGCACAAAAGUCGCGUGGAGACGGCCACGUGCGGCACCAUCACGCACAUGGCGCCCGAGGUGCUGGAGCAUGGCGUGGUCUCCAAGGCCGCGGACGUGUACUCCUUUGGGGUGCUGCUCUGGCAGAUGUGCGUCGGCCGCCGCCCCUGGGCCGGCAUGUCCCACGCCGCCGUUGUCCACGCGGUGUGCGUCCAGCAGCGGCGCCUCGAGUUCGGCCCGGACGCCGACGAGGGCGCCGCCAUGCUAGCUCGCGCGUGCAUGGCGCGCGACCCGGAGGAGCGGCCCUCCUUCAGGGAGGUGCUGGAAGUCCUGGAGCCACUGGGCGCCGCCCUGGAGAGCGGCUCGGUGGCGGCCGUCACGCGCUCGAUCGCAGCGCUCAGCGGCGCCGUCGCGGCGCUCAGCGGGUUCGCCGUGGCGGGCGCGAGGGGCGGCGGCGCGCGGGCGCCUGAGCACGUGGGCGAGGACGUGGGCUGA